UCUGUUUGAUGGAGCUUUCUAUGCCUAAAGAUCUUUCUUAGCCGGCCAGGCAUCGAGAACUUCUUGUCUACUUAUAGUCAUUGAAAGAAGAGUGGUUGGAGCCAGUUGGAGGAAAUAUGGCAGAGCAAGAGCAGCGUCGCAGGGAACAAAGAUGGUCUCUGAAGGGCAUGACUGCCCUUGUCACUGGUGGCACUAGAGGCAUUGGAUAUGCCACUGUAGAAGAGCUGGCAGGAUUUGGAGCAAAAGUGCACACUUGUUCCCGUAACCAGAAUCAGCUCAAUGAGAGGAUACAAGAAUGGAAGAUUAAGGGGUUUCAAGUAAGUGGUUCAGUUUGUGACCUGAAUUCUAGAGACCAGAGAGAGAAGCUGAUCCAGACUGUCUCUUCUGUUUUUGAUGGCAAGCUCAACAUUUUUAUAAACAAUGCUGCAACGGUAACACUAAAAGAUUACAGAAACUAUACUCAAGAGGAUUAUGCAAUGAUGAUGGGUAGCAAUGUUGAGUCUCCUCUUCAUUUUUGUCAACUUGCAUAUCCUCUGUUGAAAGCUUCUGGGAAUGCAAGUAUUGUAUUCAUCUCAUCCAUUGGAGGCAUUAUCGCUCUUCCAAAAACCUCUGUUUAUGCAGCAACAAAAGGUGCAAUAAACCAAAUGACCAGGAGCUUGGCAUGUGAAUGGGCAAAGGACGAGAUUCGCACAAACAGUGUUGCACCCUGGGGUGUCAGAACAACAAUUAUGAAUCAAGAACGUGUUAUGGAUCUUGAUACGGGAAAGGCUUAUAUGGGAGCUGUAUCUCGGACUCCGAUCAGCCGCAAGGCAGACCCUUGGGAGGUAUCAUCUCUGGUGGCAUUCCUCUGUCUUCCAGCGGCUUCGUAUAUAACUGGGCAGAUCAUUUGUGUUGAUGGUGGAUACACGGUUUCUGGAUUUUAAGCCAACUGGGUUGGGUUUUAUGAAUUGAAAUUGGAGUUCUUGAUUAAGCCAAAGCAUUGUAUUCCUUUAAAAAGCUUGAUUUGAAAAGCAUAGUCACAAAUAAUAGAGGCUUCUCAAAAGUGACCUUUCUCAGUUCAAGAGCGUUAUUUCUCUACGAAGCUAGCUAAUGGAAAAUGCUGAGAAUUAGUUCUGUGUAGCGGUUUUACAUAUAAUGGAUGGAGGGUGUACAGCAGAGUUUUCUUAACACAGACAUCUCUGUGGGUACAGUGAAGAAGCGGCCAGAGAUACAGUGGGCGCUGAU